UGAAAAAAAAAGCGGACGAUGCCGAAGUCACAAUGCGAAUCCAGCAGAUAGAUGUUCACGAAAACUACGAUCAACUAACGAAGAUCAACGACAUCGCAAUUGUGACGCUCGACUCGCCCGUGAAAUUCACCGACAGAAUUUCGACCGUCUGCCUGCCGCAAGAGUGCCACACAGCAGGCAAUGAUGGUGUAAGAUAUUCAUAUUCCCGAAUCCCGGGAUGGGGAAACAAUAAGAAAGGACAAAGACACUCGAAUGUCCUUCUCCACAUAAGCGCCCAGAUUUCAAAAAGCAACGAGGCUUGUAUGAAUGAUACAACCUAUGAUGGCCAACUAGUGAUGAUGAAAAUUCAAUUAGCCGACCAAAUGAUUUGCGGCUUAGCCUUGGGCCAAGAACGUUAUCGCGGGAGAUUGUGUCAGUAUCACGACGGUGGUCCUAUGAUACUAGAGAGGCCCGUUAGCAGAGAUGAUGAGUGUCCCUGGCUACAACUUGGCAUCUUUAGUUCGGCAUAUGGAUGCAAUGGAAACGCUGAGCCGGAUGUUUACACCAGAUUGACGUCAUUCUGGACCUGGAUCGAUAAUAAGGUUAAUCCGUGGUAAUACAAAAGGAUAAUCUGAUUCGAAAAAAUUCAAAUGUCUGGUUGUUAAAAAAAAUGAUGAGGAACCUGCUCAUUUUGGUCGCUACACAAUACAAUUGAUUUGCCAAAAAUCCAAU